AUGAGGGUUUGUUGGACGCGUGUCUUUCAUGGACAAUGACUAACUUUUAUUUGUUGUUUUUCUCGUAUCGGUUGGAAUAUAUCUUGUGCGCAGAUCACCACACAAUUUCAAGAUGAAGGGAACAGUUUUUUGCAGUGUUGCCUUGAUUCUGUUAGAUAUAUAUUCAAGCACGUGUAUGCCCGUUACUAAGGACGCUAAAAAUACUACACAGAUAUACAAUGAUGGGCCUGUUAACCAUACAACCGAUGAUGUAUUAGACGAGAUAGUCAAUUUUGUGUUAGAGGACGUUGUCAAUAAGAACACCACAGACUCGAACGACAAUGCAGUCAGCAAUACUGCUGCUUACAAUAAAAAUAAACUUUUAAAGAAGGAAAUGCUAUUGAAACACAUACAAAAGACGGGGGUGAAUUUUAUGAAUUUAGGAAAACCAGUGGUAGCUGACACUCUAGACAAACUGUACAAAAUGAAACUUGGCAGCAAAUACCCAAAGUAUGCGUUUGAAAUAUUAGAUGGACAAUCAAUAUUUGAAUAUUUGUGGAACAAAGAACUAAGUAUUUCAAAAAAGCAAUCGAACUCUAGUGAAAACAAAUCUUCUAACAAUGCUAUUCACAAAAACCCGAGCGAGUUGGGUUUGCCAGUGAUCUAUGUUGACAGCAAUCGUGUUAAUACAAUUGAACCGCAACAAAGUGCAUCAGCACAGAACAUGGGGCAUAAAUCAAUCAGAUCAAGUAACAAGACAUCAAACGUACUAUCUGAAGACUCGGUUGUGUUACCUAAUGGAACUCUGAACCCUCUCAAAUCAGAACUUAGACCAUCAUCUACCAUUCAUGAUAAUGAUGAUAUAAGUAACUCAAUUGAUUCCUUUGGCGCACAUCCCAUACAAAUGAGUCAUGUACAAUCAGUAUCAGAAACAAAUGAUAUUAAGAUAGAACCAACAAAUUUGUUAGAUGCGCUUAUGCUUGAAAACACGGUUUUGGCAGAGAAAAUAUUUGAGAAACAGUCAGUUGCAAUCAAGACCAUCGCGACAUCACAAGCAGAAAGAUCCCCGGAAAAUUUGGUUGUGGAAUCUUCUUUUAAAGUAUACCCAGACAGUGCAUCCACAACAGAAGUCUCAACUUCUUUUAACCAGGACCAUGCAAGUGGGGUGAUUUCCACUUUUGGCAGCCUAGACAGUUCAGAUGGUAGCAUUCGGGUUUUAAAUUCAGCUUCAUUUCAUAUCGCAAAGUCAGCUUUAAAACCUGAAAAUGACCAGCGGCCAAUUGCAAAAUUGGCUGAAAUACCCAUUUCAAAUACUGAAAUCAACCGAACUGUGACAAAAGACUACGCAACACCAUCCACGGAAAUACAAAAUACUAUAGUCAUAGAAACGUCAGACUAUGGUUUUCAAUCAAGUACUCAAAUACUGCCAUCUAGAGUUCAGAUAUUAGCAACAGAAUCGAUGAGUGACUUAGAAAUCAAACAGCGAGAUUCAAGAAUCAUUCAACUUGAUUCAAGUAUUAAUUAUAUUUCCAGUUCGUUUGUGAAUGAUGUCUCUAUAACAGACACUGUAAACGAUCUAUCUGCAGUAGCAUCAGGAGAAUCGUCAGUAGCUGCAGUAGGGGAGCCGUCGAUAGCAGCAGUAAAAUCAUCAGUAGCAGCAACAGGAAAUUCAUCAUCAGUAGCAUCAGGAGAACCAUCAAUGUUGGAAUCUUUAGACCUACAAAAGCCAACUGGUUCGGUAAAUGAAUCGAGGGGAGAAAGUACAGUGAACUCUGGAACCACGACACCAAGUAGGCCGGCUGUUAGUAAGGGCGCUUUCUCACUAAAUUUAGCAACGGUGAAUUUUCUAACAGUGACAACAGGGUCACCAAUCCAAAUCAUUACUACACCAGCCCCAAGUCCACUACCAGAGUUCAACUGGUGUGAUUUUCUAUGCAACGUUGUGCAGCAAUGCUCACCAGCUUGUGGUGGUCAUGUUUCAAGUUGGAGUUAGAUAAAGCCGGGGGUUGCAGUCAAUCCUACGAAAUGGUGACGUCUUAUCUGCCCUGUGUCGUCGGUACACCAAGGGCAAACAGUUUCGGUCUGGUGACAAUCCCGUGAAACAUUUUGUACAUAAUAUAAAAGUUAACAUUUGACGGAUUGCAUUACUUUUGUCAUAUAACUGCUACAGGAUCGAAUAGAGGUGGGCGCGAAAUGUAAACAUGUAUUUAUUGAAUGCUGGGAAAUCCUAAUAAACGAUAUAGAGACAAUAUCUAAUAGUGUAUCAAAAUGUUGGAGAAAUAUUAUAUGCUCAUUAGAAUGAGAUGUAAAACCAAUGUGUAUUGUGGGGAAAAUGGUGAAUAACACUAGAUGUAUUGGGGACGAUUCAAACACAUCCAGAAGAAUUUAUGUUUUGUUAAAUUCAGUUGGUGUUAAGGGGCUAUUAUGGCCAAAACUCGGCUAUUUUAACGAUCCGUUAAACUCGAAAGGAUCGUUAUCUUGCUGACGUGUUGUUAACGGCCCGUUAAAUUUCUGUUGCUGGAAAGGCAAUUGCAUUAUCCGUUAGCUAAAGGACUGAUUAAAGUUAAUCCAAGAGAAGACUGAUUGGUCAUUGGCUGAAUUUCAAAUUUUUACAUUCGAUGAAUAAAGUGGGACAACUGUGCAGUCUGUUCACAAAACUUGAUUAAAGACAAAAAGAUAACUGUAGAAUUUACAGAAAACACUAUAGGACUUUUUGCUAAGGGUCGACUGGCAGCCGACUAAUGCCCUUGUCAAACAGACUUUCUUUCCGUACGAUCCGUUAACUCCAUGUUUGAACAACCAGCCCCAAGUAAAUAUAUUAUUGCUUGUUGAUUGCGUCAAGGUAGACAUGAUCAUUGUUAACACUUGAAGGUAUUAAAAAUACAUUAUAAACCUUUAAAGAGUUAAAACUAUAUAUAGGUUUUGUUGUUUUUGGAAGCUGCAAACUUUUUUUUAAUUAUUUUGGUUUACGGGUACAUAUAUUUAAGUUAACGAAAUAACACGAUAUAUACGCCUUACAGUUUUAAAAAUAAUAAUUUAUGGAUCUAACAAUGGUCCUAUUAUGUUUAUAAACAGUAGUAAUUCAACAGUAGUGGUAUUGUCAAGUUUGAUUGAUAAUGUUGUG